AUGUUGCAACACGUUAGUGCUUCAUUGCUCGCUAAAUUAUCUAUAAGCGAUGAUAAUAAGAGAGCUAUAGGUGGACGUAUGGGAUCUUUAGUGAAACUGAUGGAGUCUUCAAAGCCCGAUGGGCUCCAGGAAGUGGCAACAAAUGCUUUGGUGUCGUUGUUAUCGGUGAAAUCGAAUAGGAAAUAUUUGGUAAGGGAUGAGAAGUGUGUGAUGAGGCUGAUGCUAUUGCUGGAUCCCAAGAGUGAGGUUACUUCAAAGAAGUUUCCAGUGGCAGUGGUGGCGGCUAUUAUGUCCGGAAGGAGUCAGAGUUGCCGGAAGAUGCUCAUGGCUGCCGGUGCGUAUGGGCAUAUGCGGAUAUUGGCAGAAAAGGAGGUGGUCGGAGCUAAGAAGGCCUUGCAGAAGCUCUCUGGGAAUAGACUGAAAAGUAUAUUCACCAGGACUUGGAGGGAGUCCGGAUUGCAUACCAGGGGGUUCCAGCUUGCAUCGGUGGCAGCGCCACUUGCCCUCCUAUCCCUCCGCCUUCAUUUCUGUCGACAAGACUUUAGAUUCAUGGCCACGUGGUAUGAGGUCCAUGAAGAGAAGUUGAGGAGCUGCCUUCUGCCCAUUGAUCGGGAGGUUAUUAGUUCCUUCUGUUGA